UCACUUCCCCUUCCACGCAUUCUCAGUUUGUUCUUCGUUCGAGUUUGACGUAGAAACUUUAUUCUCUAAAAAAUGACUGGUCGCGGAAAGGGAGGUAAAGGUUUGGGAAAAGGAGGAGCAAAGCGGCAUCGCAAAGUUUUGCGUGAUAACAUCCAAGGUAUCACCAAGCCUGCCAUCCGUCGUUUGGCUCGUCGUGGUGGAGUGAAACGUAUCUCCGGAUUGAUCUACGAGGAAACUCGUGGUGUUCUCAAAGUGUUCCUUGAGAACGUGAUCCGUGACGCCGUCACUUAUACCGAGCACGCCAAGAGGAAGACCGUUACUGCCAUGGACGUCGUCUAUGCUUUGAAACGUCAAGGCCGCACCCUUUACGGUUUCGGCGGUUAAAUAUAAUCAUCAUCAUCGUCAUCAUCAUCUAAACAAUCGGCCCUUUUCAGGGCCA